UCAGUUUUCCUUUUCACUCCUCACUCGACGACUCACUGACCCCCGAUCAUCGUAUCUCUUCAAAAAGAUGACCAUUUAACAGCUAUACCGUGUGUGUUGGUGUCUUACCGUGGUGUCUAACCACCAAUUUAUUUAAAAACUUGGGCUCUUCAUCAUCAUCAUCUCGUCCUCUUGGUCAACAAGGGUUGACGAAUACGAGUCCCUUGUCAAGUUCAAAGUUUUUAUAAAACUGGGUGAAACUGAAACGAGUCAUUUUUCUGAGAAAAUUCAAGUCAAAAAUCUUCUCGUAGGUUUUUCUCGUCGGAGUAAUACAAUUUUGUGUUCUCAGCUAAAAAUCAGAGCCACGUUACGAAUACAGAAAGGAAAAGGAACAUUUCUUUCGAGAGAUGGGAUCAGUUGAGUUAACAGAUUGUUAUGUAGAAGAGUUGAGGUGAUUAAGGAGAAAUUAAUCGACACAACAAGUCUGUCGAAUGCGAAUGAAAGUGAGUGAAGUUCAUCACCAACCACAACACCUCAAGAAAUGAGAGGAAAGAGAAACAGGUGAAGCUAAUGUAAGUGCACAAUCAUCAUCAUCAUUCUUAUAUUGAUGAUGAUAAAUAAUUUGUGAUACAUGGGUUGGGUCACCCACCAGCAGCAGCAUUGUCGUAAAGAUUUAGUAGUGUGAAAUAUUCGAGAAAUGUCAAACCCAGAGUUGCAGUGAAUUUCCGACGCGGAAUGCUUCCAACAUGAGACAAGAGAGGAGUUUAUUGUUUUGUAUUGAGUGAUACAGUGCGUGUUGGUUUGGUUAUAAAAAGGUUCCUGUUGUUUUGUGUGUGUCAAUAAAUUCAUAUUCGGGGGAGAAGAACAAGACUAAAUUUGCACAAAAAUAAGUGGAUUCACUGACGUGUGCGAAUGGAGAAGGUUAAAAUGACGCCGUAAAUUAUGCAGCAUGGCAAUACUGUCAAGUGGAGUCCUCACCGCAGGACUAUGGAUGGUUCCCGUCUUCAUGGGUCUCAUGGGCUACAUGAAAUACGACUCCAUCGACCCAGAGUCCCACCCAAGGGACAAGAGACAUCUCGACCACAACUACGACUUUAUUAUCGUCGGAGCGGGUUCAGCAGGGUCCGUGCUGGCCAACCGUUUGAGUGAAAUUCCUAACUGGAAGGUCCUCCUCUUGGAGGCAGGGUCCGACGAGAACACGGUCAGUGACAUCCCCGCAGUAGCGGCGUAUUUGCAGGGUUCAUCUCUCGACUGGCAGUUCAAAACGGAACCACAACCAACGGCAUGUCUGGGACUAGUCGGUGGACGAUGCAAUUGGCCGCGUGGAAAGGUUCUCGGAGGCUCUUCCGUCCUCAACUAUAUGCUCUAUGUUCGUGGAAAUCGGCGAGAUUAUGAUCUGUGGGAGGAGAUGGGUAAUCCUGGCUGGGGAUAUGACAAUGUGCUCCAUUAUUUCAAGAAAUCUGAAGAUAAUCGGAACCCAUAUCUCGCCCAGUCCCCAUACCAUUCGUCCGGUGGCUAUCUCACUGUCCAAGAAGCCCCUUGGCGUACCCCUCUCGCCACCACGUUCGUCGAAGCAGGGAUGGAAAUGGGGUAUGAAAAUCGGGACGGAAAUGGUGAGCAUCAAACCGGCUUUAUGAUAGCGCAAGGAACAAUUAGACGCGGGUCGAGGUGCAGUGCGGCCAAGGCAUUUCUACGCCCCGUCCGCCUCCGUCCUAACCUUCACAUUGCCAUGCACUCCCACGCCAUGAAAGUUCUCUUCGACGAAAACAAGAGAGCCAUCGGGGUGCGUUUUAAAAGGGAUGGAAAGGUUCAAAACGUGUAUGCCAGAAGGGAAGUCAUCCUCUCCAGUGGGGCAAUAAAUAGUCCACACCUUCUCAUGCUGUCCGGAAUCGGGCAGGCGGACCAUCUCCGAGAGAUGGGAAUCCCUCUAGUCAAGGACGCUCCCGUCGGGAUGAACCUCCAAGAUCAUUUUGGUUUUGGUGGUUUAGUAUUUCUAGUCGACAAGCCGGUGUCCAUGGUGCAAUCGAGGUACGAGAACAUGGGGUCAGUCAUGCAGUAUGUCAUGUAUGGCAAAGGCCCCCUCACGAUUCUGGGAGGGGUCGAAGCUCUCGCCUGGGUCAACACCAAGUAUGCCAACGCCACGGAUGACUUUCCCGAUAUCGAGUUCCAUUUUGUAGCUGGAUCGGCAUCAUCCGAUGGAGGAAAACAGAUAAAAAAGGCGCACGGCAUUUCUGAUAAGAUGUACAACGAGAUGUUUCGCCCCAUCGUCAAUCGUGACACGUGGUCCGUCAUCCCCAUGAUUUUGAGACCCUACAGCAAAGGCUAUUUGAGACUAAGGUCGAGAAAUCCAUUCGACAAAGUCCUCAUUUAUCCAAAUUAUAUGAUCGAUGACCGCGACGCCAAGAUAUUGGUCGAAGGGGUCAAAAUUGCAAUCGCCAUGAGUAAAACGCAAGCCUUCCAGAGACUUAAUUCUAGAGUCAAUCCCUACCUCAUGCCAGGCUGUAGACAUUUAGUCCACUGGAGUGAUGAGUAUUGGGAAUGUGCCAUAAGACAUUACACAGUCACAAUUUAUCAUCACUCUGGAACCGCAAAAAUGGGUCCUUCCUCCGACCCCGAAGCGGUAGUUGACCCACGCCUAAGAGUUUAUGGGGUCACUAAUCUCAGAGUGGUGGACGCCUCGAUAAUGCCAAACGUCGUCAGUGGUAAUACUAACGCUCCUACAAUCAUGAUUGGUGAGAAAGCGUCCGACAUGAUUAAGCAAGAUUGGGGCGAGUCCACAGUCUCAAUACCUCCGCCAAAGGACGUCUAAAACUACAUUUUAAUUCUAAGAAUCAAAUGACUCGAAAAGUAUUUUUUAAUAUUUUUGAUACUACUUGUAAAUAAUGAGACUUUUAUAAACUGUCAAAUUAUUGUGUACAUAAUACUACAUAACUAUGCUGGCCAUGCAACCCCACCAACCAAACCUAAUCGAAUAGUGUCAUAUUUUUAGAUACGAUAUAUUAAAUACCAUGUUUUCUAUUAAAUUGUGUGUGUACAUACACGUUAACAAUACUGGAUAACCUGUACAGAUUAGCAAUUUAAUGUGAGUUAAUCAUAUACCUUGUACAUACCAAUUUGUACAGUAUUUUUGUUGGUUUUUGGUUAAGAAUUCUUCCCUUAGAACUGUUUACUUGGAUCCAAAUAAUUCAAAUACUCACUUUUUUCCAAUGUCUAAUAAUAUAUUUCAUACGUCCCAGUCCUUAAGAAUUUUAAUUAAAUGUAGCAUUUAAGCAAAAGCCAAAUGAUAUCAGCAUUAUUACGUGUAAUAGAACAGUGUGUACAAAAUGCCGUCAUUUUAUGUAAGACUGGUACAUUGCAAUGUGUAUAAGUAAAGUAUAAUUAACAACGACGGUUAAUGAGCAAAUAAAGCGUGUUUGUACAAGAAAAGAGGGA